AUGCACCCCCCCACCCUCCAACAACAUUCCCCCCUUCCUACUAACAACAUCCUACAUUCAAACAACAACAAUUAUAACAACAACAACAAUAACAAUUCCAAGAAUCGAACUCGGGACCUCUCGACCGGCAUUCGCCGCCACCACCAUCCGCCGCCUCCGCCGCCGCGCAACCAUAGUUCGUCGUCGACGCAAGUUUGCGCUGCAUGCAAGUACCAACGGCGCAAGUGCGCGUCGGACUGCAUCCUUGCCCCCUACUUCCCCCACGACCGCCAACGGCAAUUCCUCAACGCCCACCGCCUAUUCGGCGUCAGCAACAUCGUCAAGAUCGUCCGCCACCUCGACCCGCCGGCCAAAGACCACGCCAUGCGCACCAUCAUCUUCCAAUCCGACGCGCGCGCCGCCGACCCCGUCGGCGGCUGCUACCGCAUGAUCAGGGACUUGGAGGACCGGAUCAGCCUGGCCAAGGCCGAGCUCGAGAUCGUGCUCCACCACCUCGCCGUUUGCCGGGCUGCCGCCGCCGCCUCCCAGGCCGGGCCGGUCCCGGAUUCCGGCGAAGCUCCGGCGAUGCAUGCCGGGGAUUUGGGGCCUUAUGAUGAUGAUGAGAAAUGGACAGGGGAAGAUGAAGUUGUCAAUUCUUGGGGAUGCAAUGUUUCUGCAGACUCGAUUUCUGAUUCAUUUCCUCAUCAGAAUAACAAUUUGGAGGAAUGUCCGAAUGAUAUGAGGCCAAUUCUCGAACACUUGAAUUGCAAUAAUAACGACGGCGACGACGAAAAUGACGACAAUGUUCGAGAGGACGAUCGCUUCGGAUUCGACGCCGAUGGCAACAUUGUAUUAACAAGUAAAAAUGGUGUCUUGACAGAGGAGAAAGGGCUGUGCAGAGAAGAGGAAGAUUGUUUUUCAUGUGUUGAAGAUCAUAGUGAUUUGAAGGCUUCUGAUCCAUUUUUCAGCCUCACAAAUUGUGACAUUUGA